AUGCUGCUCAUCAUCUUUGUCUUUACCUCAGCAUGUCAUCUUGGCUUUGAUAAGCACCCUUGGUAUCUCCCCACUGAGUGUAGUCUGCAGCUACAGGAUGUAGGGAGGGGAUACCCUCCACCUUCUAUUGUGCUCAGUGUGGGACAUGACUUCUGGGAAGGAGAUUUCCCUAGGGUCAUCCCAAGGGAUGCUGAGUGGAAAGAGAAGUCAAGGAUAACACUAGAAGGGAUAGGAGGGUUGUGGACAUGCAAGGAACAGCAGAUUUGGUAUACAGAAUUCCAAGAGGCAGUUAUGCAACAAGAAGAGUAUAGUGACUCCAAAAGUACAAGUCAGAGUAAAGUGGGGCAGAAAAACUAA